AUGAAGACCCAACACAUCACCCUCCCCACCAUCCAGAUCGCGGCCGCCGCCUUCUUCGCCGCCUCGGCCGAAGCAAAAACCUACUGCACCGACACCGCGGGCAAAGUUGUCGCUCAAACCAGCUGCGACGGCACCCAGCCCGCAAACACUUUUUUCCUCGCCGAGCACGAGGGAGACGACCUUCAGCUCGGCGACGUGAUCGCCGAGGAUAAAGUUGACGCCUCCGCCGUCGCCGCCCGCGACCUCGCGGGGCUCGAGGUCGAGGAUGAGGCCGAGCAGGUUAGCGGUGGCUUCGGGCGCAGGUCGCCGCAGAGGCAGUGUGAUCCGUCUCUUGGACGCUGCGUUGUUAGUGGUGUUGGUCAAGGUGGUAACGCCGGUGGUGGCUCCAACGGUUCUUAA